AUGAACAUGCAGAACUACAGUUCCGUGACGGAAUUCAUCCUGCUAGGAAUUCCUAAUUCUGAAGGGCUGGAGAACAUGCUAUUUGUCCUGUUUUUAGCCUUCUACCUCCUAACCUUGCUGGGGAACCUGCUCAUCUUCCUCAUCAUUCUGGUUUCCUCCAACCUUCACACACCCAUGUAUUUCUUCCUGGGAAACUUGGCAGUGUUUGACAUAUUUUUCCCUUCAGUGAGUUCCCCCCAAAUGAUGCUCUACCUGAUGGGGCAAAGCCGGACCAUCUCUUACCAGGGCUGUGCAUCCCAGAUCUUCUUUUACCACUUCUUGGGUGGUACUGAGUGUUUCCUCUACACUGUGAUGGCCUAUGACCGCUUUGUGGCUAUUUGUCACCCAUUGCAAUACACAGUUAUUAUGAAUCACAGAGUGUGUACUGGCUUGACAUUGGGCACAUGGCUGGGUGGCUGUCUACAUGGAAGUAUCCUCACAUUUCUUGUCUUUAAGUUAUCCUAUUGUGGCCCCAUUGAGGUAGAUAGUUUCUUCUGUGAUAUCCCAGUGGUGCUACCCCUGGCCUGUACAGACACCUCUCUAGCUCAGACAGUGAGUUUUACUAAUGUGGAUAUUGUGACUCUUACAUGCUUUUUCCUUAUCCCUUCCUAUGGUCGCAUCUUCCUUUCCAUAUUGAAAAUCAGCUCCUUUGAAGGGAGGAGCCGGACAUUUUCAACCUGCAGUGCUCACCUGAUUUCAAUCCUCUUGUUCUAUGGACCUGUGAUGCUCAUCUAUCUCAGGCCUGCUUCAAGCCCCUGGCUAGAUUCUGUUAUUCAGGUGUUAAAUAAUAUUGUCACUCCUUCACUUAACCCUUUGAUUUACACUUUGAGAAACAAGGAUGUGAAAUUGGCUUUGAGGAAAGUAUUAAGUCAAAUGGUCCACAGUUCUGGAGUAUAA